UAUAGUACUAGUAUGACUUGCGGCGUGGUUCGAGUAAUCUACCUCCUUACACCUGAUCGCCAUGAGUUUCCUCCUUCCCACCACUCUUCCCCUUCGAUAUAGACCCCAUCGCUCCUGCUGCUGCUCCUCCUCCCCCUCAUCACCUUCCGGUUAUCUGGAACCUGGAGUUACAGUUGUAACAAAAGCCAAUACUACUGCUGUGUUUUCUGAGAGGACUAAAGAACAAAUUAGGGAGCUUUUCAAUAAGGUCCAGCUUUCAGUUUCAUCAUAUGACACAGCUUGGGUAGCAAUGGUCCCUUCUCCAUAUUCGUCUGGGGGCCCAUGUUUCCCAGGGUGUAUUGAGUGGUUAUUAGACAAUCAACUCAGUGAUGGCUCAUGGGGUCUUCCUCAUCACCCCUUGUUAGUUAAAGAUGCUCUGUCAUCUACAUUAGCAUCGGUCCUAGCGCUCAAGCGCUGGGGUGUUGGUGAAGAACAAGUCAACAAAGGUCUACAUUUUAUUGGGUCAAAUGUCACUUCUGCUACUGACGAGUGUGAACAUUCUCCAAUUGGGUUUGACAUAAUAUUCCCUGGAAUGGUCAAGCAUGCUAAAGAUUUAGAUCUGAACCUCCCAUUUGAACCAAAAGUUUUUGAUGCUAUGCAUCACAGGAGAGAAUUAGAGCUCAGAAGAGCCUACUCAGAGGGGAGGAAAUCUUACUUAGCGUAUAUCUCUGAAGGAAUGGGGAAGUUACAGGACUGGGAAAUGGCCAUGAAAUAUCAGAGGAAGAAUGGCUCUCUCUUCAAUUGUCCAUCGUCCACAGCAGCUGCUUUUAUGCACCUUCAGGACACUGGUUGUCUUAAUUACCUGCAUUCACUCUUGGAGGAGUUUGGGAAUGCUGUACCGACAGUUCACCCUCUGGAUAUACUUGGCCGUCUUUGCAUGGUUGACAAUGUGGAAAGAUUGGGAAUUGAGCGGCACUUUAGGCAGGAAAUAAAGAGUGUUUUGGAUUAUACGUACAGAUGCUGGCUGCGGGGGGAUGAAGAGAUAUUCCUGGACACUGCCACCUGUGCUAUGGCAUUUCGGAUACUGCGUUUUAAUGGGUAUGAUGUCUCUUCAGAUCCCUUGACCCAAAUAACUGAAGGAAAGCAUGAAUCUAGUUUCUCUGCUGGGCAUCUAAAGCACAUUGGUGAUGCCCUUGAGUUAUAUAGGGCUUCAGAGAUCAUUAUCUAUCCCCAUGAAUUGACUUUGGAGGAACAACACUCGUGGUCCAGUCAUUUCCUGAAAGAGAAGUUAAAUGAUUGUAUGAUUUAUUCAGAUAGAUUCAAUAAGUAUGUUAGCCAAGAGGUGGACGACGCCCUUAAGUUUCCCUUCCAUGCAAAUUUAGAGCGUGCAACAAUUAGAAGAAAUAUAGAGCAUUACUACGUAGAUAGCACAACCAUUCUGAAAACUUCAUAUUGCUCAUCCAAUAUUAGAAACGAAGACUUCCUAAAUUUGGCAGUGGAAGACUUCAAUAUUUGCCAAUCCAUACACCAUGAAGAGCUCAAAUAUCUUGAGAGGUGGGUUGCAGAGACAAGGCUAGACAAGCUAAAGUUUGCCAGGCAGAAGACAGCAUACUGUUACUUCUCUGCUGCUGCAACCCUUUUCUCUCCUGAACUAUAUGAUGCUCGUAUUUCAUGGGCCAAAAAUGGGGUGCUUACCACAGUCGUUGACGACUUCUUUGACAUCGGUGGUUCUCUAGUGGAAUUAGAGAACCUAAUUCAGUUGGUUGAGAAAUGGGAUGUAAAUUUGACCGCUGAUUGUUGUUCCGAGCAUGUUCAGAUCAUAUUCUCUGCACUUCACAGCACAAUCUGUGAGAUUGGAGCUAAGGCGUUCACAUUUCAGGGACGCAAUGUAACAACCCACGUAAUUGACAUUUGGUUGGAUUUGCUCCAUUCUAUGUGGAGAGAAGCUAAAUGGACUAGUGAGAAUUCAUUGCCAACAUUGGAAGAAUAUAUGAGCAAUGGGGUUGUGUCGUUUGCCUUGGGACCUAUUGUUCUCCCAACUCUUUAUCUUGUUGGGCCGAUACUCUCUGAUGUUGUUGUUUCAAGUUCUGAAUACCAAAAUCUGUUCAAGAUUAUGGGCACUUCUGGGCGUCUUCUCAACGACAUCCGCAGCUUUGAGAGGGAAUCCAAGGAAGGUAAAUUAAAUGCUGUAUCACUGCACAUGAUUCAUAGCAGUGGAGCUGUUUCUGCUGAAGAAUCGACGAGAGCUAUCAAGAGUUCCAUUGUGAGUCAGAGAAGAGAACUGCUGAGAUUAGUUUUGGAGACAAAAAGCAGCAUGGUUCCACGAGCCUGCAAGAACUUGUUCUGGAAUAUGAGCAGAGUGCUAAAUCUAUUUUACAUGAAGGACGACGGAUUCACUUCACAUGACAUGAUCCAUGUUGUGAAAGCUAUUCUUCACGAACCACUUUCCCUUUCUGUAUAAAAGGGACCUUUGUUUGGGUUUCCAUAUGUAGCCAAUUUUACAGGUGGACAACUGGACUGACUCACAGUCAGAAGUUGAUGUAGUGAGGGGGAAGAUUAUGUGCCUUGACUAAAAGAAAAUUUGUCUUAUAUUUUGUUGAAUUGGUCUCAACACUGCAAUAGGGGGCCACUAUUUCAGUGGUAUUCUGAGAGCUGUCACUUUGUGCAUAUUGCCAAAGAUUAGGUCUAUCUCCAAUCCUCCCCCGCCUAUAUCCCCAAUGGUUGGGGACUACAUGGGUUCUGUUAUUGUUGAUGUUGUUGAAUUGGUCUCUGCAGUGCAACCUUUGCAAUGAACACAUCUAAAUUUGGAUUGGCAUUUUGUAUUUGUGUUGUGUGUCA